GAGCCAACGUGAGUCUGGAGUUCAGCUCAAUCUCAUCUUCUCCAGCCUCCGUGCAGUCAUGGCACCCCUGGUACGUACACGGUAACCCAAAUCGCAUUAGUACACGAUCGAAAACUGGCUUUGGGAACGUUCGUUACCCUUGUUCAUAAAAUGGGUGAUUAAUGGGACUUGCUAAAUAACGAGCGUCCGGGCAACGCCGCAGUCCAGUGCCACUCCUCCCAAGCAGUAUUUAGAUGUGCCUUUCCAAUCCGGAAAAGGCAGUCGAUGAUCCUUUAUCCCUCUCCCCUUUCUGCCUGAUACUACCUUGCUCGCGUGGCAAGUUUGGGGUUUAGACGCCAGCCAGAUCCCUCUCUCUCUCUCUUGUCCAACAAGGUUCGGGCUCGCCUGGCAUGUUGUUCCCUCGCAUAAUUGCUUCGGCCGCCCUUGCGAGCGUGAGCCUGGCGGGCAGCGUUGCCUUUCCUGCGCUCUGUGACAAGUUUGACGCGGCCGUCUCGAGCAGCUCAUUUGUCAAGUGCGGUGUCGCGCCUGAGCGAUGGAGCGAAUAUGAAGAGCCUCAGCCCGGAGCCAUCAUCACUGUUGGAAAGGAAGACGACGUCGCCAAAAUCGUGCAGGUUGCCAACGCGUUCAAGGUCGAGUAUCUUGUACAGAGCGGCGCGACUGGAUGGGCCGACACGUUCACCCUGGGCCGUAACGGCAUCAUCAUUGAUGUCUCCCAGCUCAAGUCCAUCAGCUUCAACAAGGACAAGACGCAAGUUACCUUCCAAUCCGGCGUUCUCAUCGAGGACCUCGUCGGUGCAGCCUACAACAACAAUGCUCGCGUCGCAACCGGCACCUGCAACUGUGUCAGUGUCAUUGGCGCAGGCUUGGGAGGUGGUGUUGGUCGCGGAACAGGCAUGUACGGCUUGGGAUCUGAUCAGCUUCUCAAGGUGAAUCUUGUCAACGCCGAUGGAAAAAAGGUCACCGUCACGCCCACGAGCAACCCGGACCUCUGGUGGGCACUGAACGGUGCCGGCCCCAACUUUGGCAUCGUCACGUCGGUUGUCUAUAAGAGCUACCCGAUGCCGCAGGCUGAGAACACUGCCUGGACAGGCCUUCUGCACUACGACUCGAGCAAGCUUGAACAGGUCAUCUCCGCCAUCGACAAGCUCGAUUUUGAGCCCGAGAUGCAGUUGGACUUUUACUUUACCCAGGGUCAACUGGCUGUCUUGCCCUUCUACCUUGGCUCGGAAGAGCAGGGCCGCAAGAAGUUUGCCUCCAUCUUGGACAUUGGACCGUUGGCGGACGACACUGCCGUCAUCCCGUUCAACACCUGGAAUGCCGCCGGCGACAUGUUCUGCGCCAGGGGCGGUCGCAAACCUGCCUACACCGCCAACGUGCAGACUCUGGACCCGAUAGCCUGGCGCAACGCCUGGAACGAUUACCUCUCGUUCUAUCAGACAUACCCUGAAGCGAACCAGACAACAAUUCUGACGGAGUGCUAUUCCACUGACAAGAAUCUGGAGAUUGGGGGUGCAAAGUCGGCCUACCCAUGGCGUGACAUCAAGUGCUACGCCAUUGUGAUCCCUUGGUACACGAGUCCAUCGCUCGAUGUUCAAGCAAAUGACUUUGCCAAGCGGCUCCGGCACUUGUGGUACAACUCCUCCGGGACUAGCGACAGCUCGUACGUCAACUUCGCGCAUGGCGAUGAGCCUCUGAGCAACAUUUACGGCAGCAGCCUCGCCAAGCUGCAGCGUCUGAAGAAGCAGUACGAUCCCAAGGGCAAGUUCAACGAGUGGUUCCCACUCUCUUGAAGCCGUCCAGAUCUGUCGAGUCCCUCUCAGGAGACAUGAGGUAGUCCGUGGCUCACGCAAGUGUGCUGCUUUUAAUACAAUCGUUGGAAUGCCCGCUUCGCUCCGUUGAUGAACAUUGCCGCAAAGACUUGGAUUCUCGUAUCUCUCUCAACUUGCCAUCACACCUUAGAAGCUUCAUCCACCGCCUUUGUCGCGUCAAAUCCCCACAGCCACUCCUGAAAGAAUGGAUCUGCCAACAAAUUUGGAAACCCGGCG